CCAGUACCUAGAGCUUCCCCCCCCGGCACCCGUCUAUUCGAAACCAUCACCUGGAGGAGGAAACCAUAAACCAAAAUGGGAGGAAAGAAGGGACCCGCCGAGAACUCGAAGAAAGCGGCCGGUAAUGCUCGCAAAGCCGAAGCAGCCGCAAACAAAAAAGCAAGCGAGGAUGCAAAGCGAGCCGCCGAGGAAGACAAGCAGUGGGCGAAGGGCUCUAAAAGCAACGCGAAGAAAGACGACGCCGAAGCCAAAAAAGCCGACGCUGCACGCAAAAAAGCUGAACGGGACGCUCUCCUCGCAGCCGAAGAAGCAUCACAACCCUCCAAACCCAAGGGCGGCAAGACCGCUCAAAAGAAGAACGCCCCGUCCCGGGGAACAUUGGACCUCGGCCAAUUGGACGGCGAUAGCGGUCGUGCUCUGAACGCCUCCGGAAUCGACAACGCUUUGGAUGCGCUGUCGCUGACGAGCAAGGAUGCGGCCAAGAUCGACCGGCAUCCGGAGCGGCGGUUCAAGGCGGCGUAUGCGGCGUUCGAGGCGAGACGGUUGCCGGAGAUUGAGGCGGAGAAUCCCGGGUUGAGACGGCAGCAGCGGGUGGAGCUUUGCAGGAAGGAGUUUGAAAAGAGUGAUGAGAAUCCAUUUAACCAGGCGCAUGUGGCGUUUGAUGCGUCGAGGGACGAGAUUGCAAUGGUGAGGGAGGCGGAGAGGACCAAGGUGGAGGCUAGGCUUACAAAGUAAAUUUUUGUGCUUUCUUUUUUUUUUUCUCUCUUUCUUUUCCCCUCUCUUUUGAUAUAUCUAUAUAUACCCCGUGUUUCUUUCUCUAUUUGACUUCUACUCAAGGGAGGGGGGAGGGGGAAAAAGUGCUUGGAGGAGGAUGAAAACUUUUUGUUAUAUAAGUAGACUGGAUAUAGUCCAAGGAAUAAAACAAAUCAAUGCUUGGCUGGCUGCA